AAGUACUAGCGGGCUGUGUUGAAUUUAGUAAGGUCGCGGAGUUGGCGUCGUCUAGGCUCGCUAACUACUCUAGCAGUCUGGUUUUCAGCUCACCGUUCUUCCCGUCCGCUUUCCAGGUCCACGUACGUUAGGAUUUCUCUUAGUUCGCCAUGGCGUUUCCUCGCGGACCGCUCGCCGCGGUGAUUCUCGCGAGCUUUCUGGUAACUGCUGUCGCGCGAAUCAGUCACUACGACAGCCUGUUGGGCAUGCCGGGGGAAGAGGGACGAGACGCGUUCCGGCACUUUCUGAACCGAGGCGAAAAGACGAAGGACAGCGAGCCGCAACAGGAGGGGACUCGAUGGGCACUUCUUAUCGCCGGCUCCGCUGGUUACGGAAAUUACCGCCACCAGGCGGACGUGUGUCACGCGUACCAGCUGCUGCGGCGGAACGGCGUGAGCGAGCAGCACAUAGUGGUGAUGAUGGUGGACGACAUCGCCCAUAACGAGGAUAACCCGCACCCCGGCACCAUCAUCAACCGCCCUGAUGGGCCCGACGUCUACCACGGCGUUCCCAAGGACUACACCGGACGCCACGUGACUGUGGGCAACUUCAUAGCGGCGCUGCUGGGCAACACGUCUGCCAUCAAUGGCGGCAGCGGCAAGGUCAUCGCCAGCGGCCCCAACGACCAUGUGUUUGUGUACUACACCGACCACGGCGGGCCAGGCAUUCUAGGCAUGCCCGAGCCACCCUUCCUCAUGGCGGAUGAGGUGGUGGGCGCACUGGAGAGGAAACACGCUGCCAAGGGCUUUAAGGAGCUGGUGUUCUACCUCGAAGCCUGUGAGUCCGGCAGCAUAUUCCAGGGCCUGCUGCCGCCCAACAUCCACAUCUACGCCACCACAGCCGCCAACGCGGAGGAGAGCAGCUGGGGCACGUAUUGCCCAGGCAUGAACCCCCCACCGCCCAUUGAGUACGAGACGUGCCUUGGGGACCUCUACAGCGUGGCCUGGAUGGAGGACAGUGACGUCAACGACCUCACGCAUGAGACGCUUCGCCAGCAGUACCGCCUGGUCAAGGACCGUACGUCGAACCACGGCACGUACGACGCCGGCUCUCACGUCAUGCUCUUCGGGGAGAAGGCCCUUGGCAGCGACCCUGUGGCUGAUUUCCUGGGGGACGCUUCGCUGGCUCCUGAAGCCGAUGCUAAUAGCGGGGAUGCUAAUAACGGAGAUGGUACUGGCAUGACUCCUUGGAUUCCGUUCAGCAUCUCCGUGCUGCUAGGCACUGGCAAAGGGCGGAAGACUGGGCUGUUGUCGGCGGGGCAGAGGUUGUUUGCUGCUGGGGAGAAGGUUGGGGUGGUGGGGCAGAGGGACGCUGAGGUGCUGCACCUGUGGCACAAAUACAAGAACGCCCCAGAGGACUCGCCUCGCAAGCAAGCGGCCCUGUCAGCCCUCAACCAGGCGUUUUCCCACCGCCGCCACGUGGACCAAUCGGUGCGCGCCAUGGUGGCAGCAGCAGUGGGCGAGGGGCGUGCGGAUGCCAUGCUGAAGGGCAAGCAGGCGGAGGGAAAAGCGCUGGUGGACGACUGGGUUUGCCUGCGAGAGAUGGUGCGAGCCUACGAGGCCAGCUGUGGGCGCAUUACUCAGUACGGCAUGAAGCACAUGCGCGCCUUCGCCAACCUGUGCAAUGCUGCAGUGCCUGUCGGUGCCGUGGCAACGGCAGCUCAGGAAGUGUGUCCUGCUGCUGCCAAUGCUGUUCCCCUGGGACUGCUCAUUGCGGCAGGAGGGCGCUUUUCUGUCUAGCUGGUUCGCUUGUCUCUGCAAUGCCACUGUGCCUGCCGGCGCCGUGGCUGCUGCAGUGCAGGAAGUGUUUCUCUGCUGCUGCCAAUGCUGUUCCCUCAGGGCUGCUCAUUUGAGCAGGGGGGGGCUUCUGGACCCAGCAUGGUCAGCAGUCCUUGGUAGAUCUCCGCUAUGUUGCAGUGUGUGCACUCCAUUACCGAGCCUUGCAAGGAUGCUUUGCAUAUACUCCUUUCCACCUCGGUUCUCACUGGUACAAGGUGGCUCCCUGUUGAGCGCCGUUGUGGGUUUUCACUGUUUUUGAUCUGGUUGUAAAGAGUGGGGUCACACAUUUUUAACCGUGUGUAGCAUUUUUAGCUGAAGGGUGCACCUGUCAUUCUCAGAACUCUCACCUG